AUGGACAACCUGACAUUCAGAUAUAGUGUACUCUUACUGGAGGGACUGCAAGUUACACCUCAGUCAAGCCAGCUCACAUUCAUUUUUCUGUUGAUGGCUUAUGUCUUUGCAAUGGUGUCUAACAUUGGGAUUUUGAUUCAGAUCUUAGCAGAAAAAAGUUUACACCAGCCUAUGUACAUUCUUUUCUGUCACUUGCCAGUGAGUGAUAUUAUGUGUGCAACUGUACUCAUACCGCGUUUACUGAAGGAUUUAAUAACAGACCCCUCUGAGCGCUACAUCACAUAUGUGGAGUGUGUUUUCCAAGCUUUUUUUACACAUUUAUAUGGAACAACAUCCCAUACUAUUCUAAUGAUAAUGGCCUUUGACAGAUAUGUGGCCAUAUGCAAUCCACUGCGAUACCCAGCUAUAAUGAGCAAUAAAAUGAUGAUUAAACUGUCGACAGGAGCCUGGGGUGCUGCAGUAGUUCCAGUGUCAAUUUUGAUCGGUCUCAGUGUGCGCCUGUCUCACUGCAGAUCAUUCAUUGCAAACCACUAUUGUGACAAUGCUUCACUAUUUAAACUGUCCUGUGAAAAUAUAGUGAUUAAUAAUGUAUAUGGUUUAACUUUCACUGUGGUUUUACUCACCUCCUCACUGGGGUGGGUGUUACUGACAUAUCUCAGAAUAGUGAUGGUAUGUAUAAAAAGCAAAAACAAAGCAACCAACAGCAAAGCAAUCAAAACCUGCAGCUCUCAUUUGGCUGUUUAUGUAAUCUUGAUAGUAUUUGGUUUCGUCCCAAUUUUUCUGCAUCGUUUUUCUGAGUAUGCUGAGACUCGGAAGUUCGGGAAUGUAAUGUUUCAUGUUAUACCACCAGGAUUGAAUCCCAUAAUAUAUGGUUUACAAAUCAAGGAAAUAAGACAAAGAAUGUUAAAACUUUGCAUAAAAAAGGUUAAUUCUAGCUGA